UGGGCUGUCUUGUCAGUUGUGCCCAGCACAGAGAAGACGCUGCACAGUUGAACCAUUCUCAGAAGCUAGAUGGCAUCUCGCAACGUAUUCAAGGUGUUUGUUGGCAACCUGCCGUGGACAGUGGGACACAAGGAACUCCGUCAGCACUUUGCACAGUUUGGUUAUGUCGUGAGCUCAAAUGUAAUAUUUGACCGAUCCACUGGGAUGAGUAAGGGCUUUGGCUUUAUUCAGUUUGGCAAUAAGAAUGGCUAUGAUUCUGCUAUGAACAAAGGCUCACACCUGUUAGAGGGACAUAUAUUGGAUGUUAACCCAACCAAGUAGCUUAAGAAAGUGUCUGUACAGGUGACAACAGUAGUUUUCAUGUUAGACUGUAAUCUCAGUGGUGGAAUUCUUAGAUUCAACAUGGAUGAUUUAGACUGUGCUCCCAUUGAGGGAGAAGUGGAAGUUCUGUUCAACAAAGCUGCUUCAUACUUACAAACACUUGCCUCUAGCUUGCCCCAAGACAAAUUACUGCAUUUCUAUGCAAGAUACAAGCAAGCAACUGAAGGUCCUUGCAAUAUUCCCAAGCCUGGCUUCUUUGAUUUUAAGGGCAAGCAGAAAUGGGAUGCAUGGAAGGAUAUGGGUGACAUGAGCAAACACAAUGCCAUGAUUGAAUAUGUGAGUGCCAUGAGAGAAACUGACCCUGAAUGGGAACUGAAGGCAAGCAGUGACAAAAGUGGAGCCUACUCCUCCAGUUGGAUGAGGGUCAGCACUCUUCAGCAGCAACCAGAUGAUUUCACAAAGGACGAAGACAAGAACCCCUUUGACUGGGUCAAAGAAAAUAAUGUGGAGAAGGUAAAAAACCUGGAGCUAGGAAAAAUAAUGGAGAAGGAUGAGAAUGGAAUGACUCUCCUCCACUGGGCUGCAGACAGAGGCCACCAAGAGAUAGCCAAGUAUCUCCUGGAGCAGAAGCUAGAUGUCAACGCCAGAGACAGUGAGGGACAGACAGCCCUGCACUACGCUGCAUCGUGUGGCCACCUGGAGGUCAUUAGAGUCCUGUUGGAUCAUGGAGGAGACCCAACCAUCCAGGACUCUGAUGGACUCCAGCCAGAGGAAUGUGCUGAAGAGGCUGAUGUCAAAUUGUUCUUUAAAAAUUUAUAAGCAUAAGAAACCAUUUUUCCAGCAGCCUUUCAUGUCAUUCAGUUGUUUUUUGUCAUCUUCUGAAAGUUUUAUAUUAAGAAGUCAGGCACACCACUAAAUGCAUACUUUCAGUUCUGUACAAAGGAUUUUUGUAAUAAAGACUUAAGUACACUUAAA